AUGGCCCCAAUUCGCCGCGUCGCCACCAUCCAGUGGCAUAUUAAGGAGUUGGCUAUCGAGGAGAACCACGCGACAGCAUGCAAGUAUAUCCGCGACGCUGCCGCCGAAGGCGCCGAGCUAGCAGUUCUCCCUGAAUACCACCUGAGUGGCUGGGUCCCCAACGACCCUCUCUGGGCUGUCCAGGCGGGCGAAGCUGCCAAAUAUCUCGCCCAAUAUCAGGCGCUUGCCAAAGAGCUAAAGAUCUGCCUGGUUCCGGGAACUAUUAUUGAGAAACAGGCCGACCUCUUCUACAACACUGCUUACUUCAUCUCAAACGAUGGCUCAGUGCUGGGCUCCUAUCGCAAGAAGAACAUCUGGCAUCCCGAGCGGCCGCACUUGACGUCGUCCGGACAGGAGCGCCAUGCGGCGAUAGACACACCGAUCGGCCGUGUUGGCAUGUUGAUCUGCUGGGAUCUGGCAUUCCCAGAGGCUUUCCGCGAGUUGAUUGCCGACGGCGCCGACAUCGUGAUCAUUCCUACCUUCUGUAAGCCUUUCUUCUGUCCAGCUGCAUGUCUCCUCAUACUGAUUGCAACAGGGACCCCACGCGACGCCUCCGACGAUGCCCUCCGCCACAACCCCGAGUCGGAGGCCCUCUUCCUCAACUCCACGCUCACAGCCCGCUGCUACGAAAAUACCUGUGGCAUCAUCUUUGUCAACGCUGCCGGUCCCCAAAAGGACUUCCUCGGGAUGUCCCAGGUUGCACUCCCGAUUGUUGGGCCCGUGUCGAAGAUGGGCUCUGAGGAGGGCAUGCGGGUUGUCGAUAUGGAUCUCGGGCUUUUGGAUAUUGCGGAACAGAACUAUAAGGUCCGGCAGGAUCUUGCGAAAGAGGACUGGCAUUACGUAUAUCGGCAUACAGCGUCGCAGUAG